AAAAGCGGGCCCGGAAGUGUAGCUUGACGCUAACAGGUGAGAAAAUGUCGGCUCCUGUCAGACUGUUGACGAGCCGUUUCCCGGCUCUCUGCCCGGCGGGGUUCACUCCGGAGCCACGGAGGAAUCCCCCGGUGAGGGGUCCGGUCGGCGGACGGUGGCUGUCUCACACACAGACAGGAGCAAACCUGCGACCACUGGAGGGUGUCAGAGUGUUAGACUUGACAAGAGUGCUGGCCGGUCCCUUCGCCACCAUGAUCCUGGGAGAUCUUGGAGCUGAGGUGAUCAAAGUGGAGAGACCAGGUGCAGGCGAUGACACCAGAGCCUGGGGUCCUCCGUUCGUCGGCACUGAGAGCGUCUAUUUCCUGAGCGUCAACCGAAACAAAAAGAGUAUUUCAGUGGACCUCAAACAUCCCAGAGGAGCCAACGUCAUCCAGGAGCUUGCAGCAGUGUGUGACGUGUUGGUAGAAAACUACCUUCCAGGGAAACUUCAGCAGAUGGGUUUAGGAUACGAACAACUGAGCAGAGUGAACCCACAACUCAUCUACUGCUCCAUAUCAGGUUAUGGACAGACAGGUCCUCAGUCUCAGAGUCCAGGCUACGACUCCAUCGCCUCCGCUGUGUCAGGGAUGAUGCACAUCACCGGGCCAGAGGAUGGUGACCCAGUGCGUCCAGGCGUUGCCAUGACAGAUCUGGCGACGGGGCUGUACGCACACGGAGCUGUCAUGGCCGCCCUAUUGCAACGACACAAGACUGGGAGGGGAGUUCAUAUCGACUGCAACCUGCUGUCUUCACAGGUUUCCUGUCUCAGCCAUAUUGCUGCUAACUAUCUGAACGCAGGGAAGGAGGCGAGGCGCUGGGGGACGGCCCACGAGAGCAUCGUACCUUAUCAGGGCUUUAAAACCAAAGAUGGACACAUUGUCGUGGCUGCAGGAAACGACAAACAGUUUGUCAAAGUCUGUCAAGUUCUGCAGCUGAUGGAGCUCACAGAUGAACCAAAAUACAAAACCAACCAGCUCAGGGUCCAAAACCGCAAACAACUGCUGCACACACUGUCACAGAGGUUUCUGCAGGAGAAGACGGCUGAUUGGCUGAGGAGGUUUGAGGGCUCAGGUGUUCCUGUUGGACCAAUCAACAACAUCCAGGAAGUGUUCUCCGAUCCACAGGUGAAACACAACAGUCUCAUACAGAAGAUGACCCAUCCGACAGCAGGACGCAUCGCUGUUCCUGGUCCAGCGGUUCGUUUCAGCAGCUUCGCCCCCGAUGAGCCGACGCCCCCUCCUCUGAUUGGCCAGCACACCGUGCAGGUGCUGCAAGACACCUUGUCCUACGGAGAUGAUGUCAUCAAAACGCUGCUGGAGUCGAGGGCGGUGGCCCAGAAUGACGUGUCCUGAUUGGCUGAACCAAAAAAAGGAACCCGUCCAACAUACUGAUCACAGAAUCAUUUUGGACAAAACAAAUUAUCAAAACAUUUCAUGUGCGUUGAUAUUUGCAGUAAUGAGACUUUUUAAGAGCAUUUGGCUUUAAAGGUGCUGCUGAAUACAGAAAGAGCUCCACUGUUUACAGCUGAUAUCAACCUAUCAAUCAGUGACGCACUGGGAUCAGAUCAAACCACUACCUGAGGAGUGAAUUUUGUAGUGUGGACUCUACAUUGAAGGACCACCCACUGACGUCCUGUAAGAUAAAGGUAAAAGUCUGAGUGCAUGUAGAGAUCAGAUCACAAGAGGUCACUGGAGACGUUGUGUGUUAAAACCAGCUGUAAACAGACUCUGAAGGUUUUACAGAACAAGACAAUAAUGAAAGCUUCUACUGAACUAAUGGGAAUAAUAUUUCUGAAUAUUGUCUUACUGUUUGUCACAGAGGAUCUGAAAAUAAGUGCAAAUUAACAGGAUAUUUUAAUAUCUCUGACACAUAAACAUGAACCCCAGUGAAGCUAUUUAACAGUAUUUGUGUCGCCAAUGGCAGACUGAAUGAAAGCACUUUCCCGAUUGAUUAGUUAUUGAUUAUUGCAUAUAAACUGUUUGUUUGAAGAGCUGGAGAAUAAAUGUUUUACUUACA